UCUAAAACAUUUUAAUACAACGGUAAAUGCCUUUUCAAUUUCCACAUGGACAUCGGGCUUUUAUUUACGACUGAUAAUUUGACAGUCGUUUCAAAAUUUAUGAAAACUUCUUGAAAUAUGGAAGAGAAAUCUUGCAAAGAGCAAUUAACAGAAAAUACAGAUAUCAACCAAGAUGAGUUGAUUCUUCAACAACAAAGACGUAUCGAAAUGGAGAUUUCUGAAUCCAUUGCUUUGGUUGGAGAGAAAGAAUCCAUAAAAAGUUUGGAACGUGAAUACUCUGAAGAUGAAAUAUACCUUUCGAAAGCUAAAGCAUUAGGUCAAAAAUAUUCAUAUAUUAGGAGAACUAGACCAGAUGGAAAUUGCUUUUUUAGAGCCUUUAGUUAUGCAUAUCUUGAAAAGUUAAUUGGAAAUAAAGAGGAAUAUGAAAAAUUUCGGGAACUUGCAUUAAAAAGUAAAGAAAGUUUGGUAGCAUUAGGUUUCCCCCAAUUUACAGUUGAAGAUUUUCAUGAUACGUUUAUGGAUGUAAUUGAUAAAGUAGGAGAAGAUACAGAGUCCAGUUAUAUUGAAUUACAUAAACUUUUCAAUCAACAAGGGUGUUCUGAUUAUGUUGUUGUAUAUCUUAGAUUAAUUACCUCUGGUCAAUUACGGCUUGAAGCUGAUUUUUAUCAGCAUUUUAUUGAAGGAGAACGUACUGUUUCAGAUUUCUGCCGUCAAGAAGUAGAACCAAUGUACAAAGAAUCUGAUCACAUUCACAUUAUAGCUAUGAGCACUGCUUUAGGAACUGGUGUACGUGUUCGUUAUAUGGAUCGAGGCGCUGGAACUGAAGUAACUGCACAUGAUUUCCCUGAAGGUGCAACUCCAGCUGUUCAUUUAUUAUAUCGUCCUGGUCAUUAUGAUAUUCUAUAUCCUUGAUAAAUCACACAUUUAACUGGCACAUAACUUUUUAAAAAAUCUCACAACAAAGAUUAAUUAAUUAAUUAAUUAUUUAGCAAAUUAUAUCUUGUGUACGUAAUCAAAACUCAUAAAAUUUUUGUUUGGUUAGAUGUAACAUUACAGUUGUAAGUAAUUAAUUUAAGCCUUAUAGAAUAUCCAAUAAAAUUAUGAAAUUUUAUGUAAAAAAAAA